CAUAUUCCUUCAGCUUCCUGAGUCCUUGAAGAAAAACCGCCUAAGAGGUUUCUGUCCCUCAGCGCUCUCCGUAGAUAACUGACUCCUCAUUGGCUGGGAGCGCUGACGUCUUAUUGUGGUGCGGUCGCGUUUUUCCGCGGAGGGGGUUUGUGCUAUAACACAUGCAGCUGGGACCGAUGGCUCAGAAGCCGCUGCGCCUCUUGGCUUGUGGAGAUGUUGAAGGAAAGUUUGAUGUUUUAUUUAAUAGAGUUCGAGCAAUUCAAAAGAAAAGUGGAGACUUCGAUCUGCUGUUGUGUGUCGGAAAUUUCUUUGGCUCUACUCCAGAUGCUGAGUGGGAGGAGUAUAAAACUGGCAUCAAGAAAGCUCCUAUUCAGACAUAUGUGCUGGGUGCCAAUAACCAGGAAACAGUAAAAUAUUUCCAAGAUGUUGAUGGGUGUGAAUUAGCUGAAAACAUUACUUAUCUGGGUCGGAAAGGUAUCUUCACUGGAAGCUCGGGGCUGCAGAUUGUGUACCUCAGUGGGACUGAGUCCUUAAAUGAGCCCGUCUCAGGUUACAGUUUCAGUCCCAAGGAUGUGUCUUCCCUGAGAACAAUGCUGUGUUCAACAUCCCAAUUUAAGGGUGUUGAUAUCUUGCUUACAUCCCCCUGGCCCAAGUAUGUGGGGAACUUUGGGAAUUCUUCUGGAGAAGUGGAUACAAAAAAGUGUGGCUCUGCUUUGAUCUCCAGCUUGGCCACUGGCCUGAAACCAAGAUAUCAUUUUGCUGCUUUGGAAAAGACCUAUUAUGAAAGACUUCCAUAUCGAAACCACAUCGUUCUGCAGGAAAAUGCACAGCAUGCCACUAGGUUCAUAGCGCUGGCAAAUGUUGGAAAUCCAGAAAAGAAAAAGUAUCUUUAUGCAUUCAGUAUUGUUCCUAUGAAACUAAUGGAUGCAGCAGAACUGGUGAAACAGCCUCCAGAUGUCACUGAAAACCCUUACAGAAAAUCUGGAAAAGAAGUAUCCAUAGGAAAACAAAUUCCCGCCCCGGAGGAGGAAUCAGCCUGUCAAUUUUUCUUUGAUUUAAACGAAAAGCAGGGAAGGAAGCGUUCAUCUACUGGCAGAGAUAGCAAGUCUUCUCCUCACGCAAAGCAGCCUCGCAAACCUCCUCAGCCUCCAGGACCCUGUUGGUUUUGCCUUGCCAGUCCUGAAGUAGAAAAGCAUUUGGUGGUCAACAUUGGCACACAUUGCUACCUUGCUCUAGCCAAGGGAGGCUUAUCUGAUGACCAUGUCCUCAUUCUGCCCAUUGGACACUACCAGUCAGUGGUUGAGCUUUCAGCAGAGGUAGUAGAAGAGGUGGAGAAGUACAAAGUUACACUGAAACGUUUCUUUAAGAGUCGAGGGAAACGGUGUGUUCUAUUUGAGAGAAAUUACAAGAGCCAUCACCUCCAGCUACAGCUUAUUCCUGUGCCACUCGGUUGCUGCAGUACUGAUGACAUCAAAGAUGCCUUCAUUACCCAGGCACAGGAGCAACAGAUAGAGCUGCUGGAAAUCCCAGAGCACUCUGACAUCAAGCAGAUUGCACAGCCUGGAGCAGCAUAUUUUUAUGUUGAACUUGACACAGGAGAGAAGCUUUUCCACAGAAUUAAAAAGAAUUUUCCUUUGCAGUUUGGAAGGGAGGUCCUAGCCAGUGAAGCCAUCCUGAAUAUUCCUGACAAGUCUGACUGGAGGCAGUGUCAGAUCAGCAAGGAAGAGGAGGAGACUCUGGCUCGUCGCUUUCGGAAAGAUUUUGAGCCCUUUGACUUCACCCUGGAUGACUAAGCAAGGGGAAAAGCACUUUAUGAGCUUCAUAGGAAGUAGCAAUCUGUUUUUUUUAUGAAAUGACAGUCUCCCAUGGGGACUGUUUCCCUGCCUCUUUUUGGUGCAUUCCCAUGGAACCUGCCUGGUGCGAGAGGCUUAAAAUGGAGUAUUUUAGAAAAAGUCACAUUCUAGGGUGAAAAUUUGUUAAAAAGUACAAACAUCAGCUACAAAUAUAGCUUGAUUUUGUCAACAUUUUCAGAAACAUGUAAACUAUCAAAUAAAAUCCAGAUGCUUUUCUAUGGUUGGAAAGUGUGGUUUCAUGUUACUUAUAACCAUUGA